GCUGACUUCCCGGCGACAACCGGCGACGUACCAGACGUCCUUUGGCAGGACCAAGCGGCGGUUUGCAUGCGCCACCAGUCCACUGCUUCUAGCCCGAGUCACUGAUCUCGAUUGCUUUGACUCCUUCCUUCACUGCAUUCGCGAGCGAAAUCCAGGGCCGGCACCGAACCUGCCUGAUUCGCUCACGUUUGGUCGCCCGCUCGCUGCGGCACGUAUAAAAGCGAUUGCCCAAACUCUACGUCUGCCCAUCACCCGCUACCAACUCCCCGAAGCCCGGCCUCUCAGCGCACUGCGAGCUAGUCAUCAUGGACGCAGUUGCGGUGUUGCAGACCGUCAUGUCGGCCAUCCAAUCCGGGGCCGUGAACCUCAACGUGAGCGACGCCGCUGCGGGCAACGCCACGGCCGCGGUCGCCUCUGUGGCGUCUUUUUCUCCGCUGCAGAUCCCCUCCAUUAUCAGCAUGGUCCUGUCCUUCUCCGCCGUGCGGGACUGGAUCAAGCUCCUGCUGCUCGGCGCCGUCGUUGAGACGUGCCGCCGCGUGCUCACAAAAUCAUACUACGGCCUCAUCAACUACUUCUGGAUUACGGCAACGUUCGACGGGAACGACGAGUGUGUCGAUUGGCUCAUGUUCUGGCUCUCGAAGCACUCCAUCUUCCGCACCGCCCGGACCCUGGAUGUGAGCACUCGCUCGUUCGGACGGAACUCGGGCGCGAUUGAGUCGGGGAACGAGUCGGACGAGUCGGACGGCCGCAAGAUCUCGUUCUUGCCGUCGCUGCAGACCUCGUACACGCUGUGGUACCAUCUCUGCCUGGUCACCUUCAUCCGCGACCAGGUCACCGACGGCCCAUGGAACAGCCCGAGGCAGACGCUGCAGGUCCAGAUGCUCACACGCGACCACAACACCCUGCGCCAGCUCCUGAACGAGGCGAAGAAGCUCUAUCAUCAAGCGAGCGAGAACAUGAUCUCGAUCUACGUCUCGGACCCGUCCGACUACUGGAAGAGGGUGUCCACUCAGCACAAGCGACCUAUGAAGUCCAUCAUCCUCGACCCUGGCGUCAUCGACCUGGUGCUCGAAGACGCGAAGGACUUCCUGUCUAGCAAGGCGUGGUAUGCCGAGCGAGGUAUCCCCCAUCGCCGAGGUUACCUUCUGUAUGGUGCGCCCGGAUCCGGAAAGACCUCGCUCAUCCACAGCAUCGCCGGCGAACUCAACCUGGACGUCUACAUCCUCUCGCUCACGCGGCUCGGGCUCGACGACACGUCUCUCAGCUCAACUAUCGCGGACCUCCCCACCCAGUGCAUUGUGCUCGUCGAGGACGUAGACGCUGCGUUCCACCAGGGCGUGAAGCGUGACCUCGCGGACCCCGAGAAGGAGCAGGACGGCAAGGAGGACAAGCACAACGGGAAGGGUGGGAGCGACGCCCCCGCAUCUGUUGGACGCGUCACCCUCAGCGGGCUCCUUAACGCACUGGACGGGAUCGCCGCUCAGGAAGGCCGCAUUCUGUUUGCCACGACCAACGACUACGACGCCCUCGACCCCGCGCUGUGCCGCCCCGGCCGCCUGGACCUCCACAUCGAGUUCAAGCUCGCGAGCAAGUACCAGUGCCGCGAGAUGUUCAGGCGCUUCUACCUUCCCUCGGACGUCGACCCUGACGGGAAGGAGAAGGCGGACAACGACAACGGGGCAGAGGCAGAGGACGAGAAGGACUCCGGGUACGGCUCCCGGAGUCGCACUAACAGCGUCGAGCGGCUCAACUCCUCGGACCCUGCACGCGCGACUCCAGGGUCAGGCUCCUCAUCCAACUCGGACGACUCGUCGACUAUGUACGUUGGCCAGGCACACACUGCGCGCGCCCCGAAGCUCUCCCGUCGGAAGGCAGCGGAGCUUGCGGAUGCUUUCGCAGCGGCGAUCCCAAACCGCGCGUUCUCGAUGGCGACGCUGCAGGGGUACCUGAUGGCGUACAAGACGCGGCCGUACGACGCAGUGAGCGAGGCUCCUACGUGGGUCGAGCGCAAGCUGCGGGAGAAGGGGAAGUCAAGGGCGGACGCGCGUGCUCCGCAGAUCAAGGACAAAGUCGACGACACGCCUGCUAGCGCGGCGGCCGUAGACGACACUGCUACGCCAGCGACCGCUGUGGAUUUGAGUCCCGAGGCGGAUCCUGCAGUCGUAGGAAAGACCACGGCCGCUGUGCAGACGGACUCGGAGGUCGCGUCGUGAGUAGAAGCUGCGGACCUCGUGACUUGCUGGACACUGGCUACGGUGCGACGACGUAUACCCUGCCCAGCCCUGGAAAAAUAAGCUGUAUCUCGUAGUAGACCUGUACUAUAUUACUUCGCAAUUGCACACUGCUUUCGAUGUUUU